CUCAAAAAGGUGAUAGAAAAGAGAGAGUUGAAUUCCAUCCUUUUUGAAAGUUGAGAAAAUGGCGCUUAAUUUGGAUUGGCCAACAUGUCGUCUCAAAGAGGAGUAGCAAGUAACUCACAGGUAAAUGAACUUUCUUCAGGUGAACAAAAGUAUGCAUCCAGUAGCAGAGAAGGCGUUGUUUCCGCAGUCUGUCGACAUUUGCUGGUAGCCACAGGAAAAAGAGCUGUUGUUCGUCGUGACGAUAUUUCACAGUACGUUGGAAAAUGCUUCAAAACAAACGACGUUUUGAAAGAAGCAAGUGCUCGUUUGGAAGAAGUUUUUGGUUUGAAAAUUGUGGAACUUUCGACGGAAAGCAAGAACGGGAAAGGAAGUGUGAACGCAUUGUCUUCGCAAGCAGGACCUAGCCGCUCCAAAUCUUCCACCGUCAAUAGAGUCUAUAUUUUGAUUAACACGUUGACAACGGAUGAGGAAGAUGAUUGGAAAGAUGACGAUGAGUGUUCUUUUUGGGGUGUUUUAACAGUUGUUAUUGCGCUUUUAUUUGUCAGUCCAAAUACUCGUCUAAGCGAAGAGAAAAUAGAGAAAUUGUUAAAGUCUUUGUAUAGUUUGGGACUUCAUCAGGAACGAGCAUUCCAAGGUUCUAGUGGGAAGUUCACUCUUCUUCAAGAUCUUGUGAAAAUGUGGUAUUUGAGAAAGGAACAAGUCGAGGAUGAGAUAUUUUACACGUUGGGUCCUCGCAUAUUUAAGGAACUAUCCUCGGAUGGUAUAAUAGUGGCACUGGAAAAGUUGCUUCAAGUGAAAUUAGAAGCUGACUACAGAGAGUUGCUAUUAAAGCAAUGGGAGUCCAUGAGUAGUUCCGUCUAGGUGCGGCAUUCCAAAGGAUAACUAUGUUUUAUUUU